CAACGAAAAUGUAAUCACACACACACCCACAAAAACAUCCUUUGUCUUUCCCAUAAUCCGUACAGAGAGGUAUAAUAAAUAAAUAAAAGAUUUUAAAAACGCGUAGAACUUUUCUCAUUUCACUCGGAGAAACCAAUCUCUACUUCAACAACUUAUUUAAUGCCAAUGAGUCCAUGACCUCUAAAUCUAAGAAGCAGAUCGAUUAGUACUAACAUAUCUACCACAAUUCAGGAGGUUUCCUUUUGUAGCAUAUAUUUAUAUAUCACAUACAAAAAUGGCGGAGGAGCUUACGAUUGGGUUUCGGUUCUAUCCCACGGAAGACGAACUCAUUGCAUUCUACCUACGAAACCAGCUCGAUGGAAGGAGUGAUGACUCAAUGCACCGUGUCAUACCCGUUCUAGACGUCUUCGAGGUCGAGCCUAGCCAUCUUCCAAAUAUUGCGGGAGAGAGAUGUCGAGGAGACGCUGAACAAUGGUUCUUCUUUGUGCCAAGACAAGAACGCGAAGCAAGAGGAGGCAGACCAAGCAGAACCACUGGUUCAGGAUAUUGGAAAGCGACAGGAUCACCCGGUCCAGUCUUUUCCAAAGAUAACCGAAUGAUUGGAGUCAAGAAAACUAUGGUUUUCUACACUGGAAAAGCCCCAACAGGAAGAAAAACAAAAUGGAAGAUGAAUGAGUACAAAGCCGUUGAUGAAUCAUUCAACGUUUCCACAAUCCCUAAGUUGAGACAUGAAUUCAGUUUAUGUCGUGUCUACAUAACAUCAGGAAGCUCAAGAGCUUUUGAUAGACGCCCUGUGGGAGUUUUUCAGACAGAGAGAAUGCUUACAAGUGACGUUGCAGUUGCCGAGACAUCAUCUCGUGUAGAAUUCAGCUCACCGGAAACUUCGAUUUCAGGAGGAGAACAUGUUGAUUUCUACGUGAAUGCAGAGAUGAUUGAUGGUUUAACAGAACCAAUCUGGGAAUGGGAACAGCUGAAUUGGCCUUGAUGAAGCUGGAUUCAUUAUCAAGCAAAUUAAAGUUACUAAAUUAUUACGUAGUUGAAUUUAUGACCACAGAGAUUCUUUUUUUUCCCUUGUAAACGUGAGACUUUGAGCAAGAAUAAUUGACAAAAGGUGACAUUAUAAAAAAAAAAUUGUUUUUGUUUUCUCUU